AAGGGGAGCGGAGGCUCCUGGCGGGGGGCUGGGAGCCCGGGCCGCCGGGUGGGGGCGGCAGCUGGAAGACGGAGAGGGCCGGCCGGCAGCGGGUGCCAGUGCUUGGGACUCCAGGAGGCAAUCUCCCUUCAGUUGGAUGGUUGGUUCCAGCGGUGUUUAGAAUAGGGAGUGGGGGGCGCGUGAGACUAUUGGGGCGCACUACUUCUCUGGCUGAGCCGCCGCGAGGUGUUGGAGCUGCCGCCCCCUCCAGCAGGCGCGAGGGGGCGGGGGAGGGAUCGGCUGUUCGCACCACUAGUAUAUUCUACUUCCCUGAAUUUCAAAAGCAAAUAUAAACAAGGGGGUAGGUGUCCAACCUAAAAGACCUUAACAUUUAAAGCAAGCAAUGAAGAAGAGAAUAAAACCGGGCGGUAAGAAGAGGAAGAUGGAGAGACUGAAUGGAUCAGGAGAAUGACAUGGAAUUUGGCUAGAUUGUGAAUGAGCAGAUAUGGUAACUGAUGAUGAUUAAACACAGCUGGACUUGCUGAGGAAGGCAGAAGGCUGGCAAGUGCUGGAGUCUCAAGAAAAUGCCAGGCCUUCCUAAGAAGCCAUGAUCACACUGAUAACUGAGCAGCUACAAAAAGCAGAGCUUGGAGAAAUUGAAAUGCAUAUCAUUCGGCAUCAACCUGGGGCAGAAACAGCUGUACAAAGAAAUUCCCUCCACAGACUAUCCUUGUAACCUAAGGAGAGUUGACCUGAAUUGAAAAACCAAGGACAAUAUGCUCCUGUAUCAAAAUAUAAAUUAAAAGGGAGUGAUUCAGUGGAAUAUGAAGCAUGUGCUUCCUGAUUCUUUUUAGGUCUGGAGUCCACGGUGAAUGUGCCUGGAAAUUAAUACAUUAUAGCAGCACAAAGUCCCUGCAGGUGCAGCCAGGAACAGAAUUUAUCUUUUCCAUCCAGAAGUUUGAACACUGAGGUGUAGACUUCCAAGAAUGGGAUGUGGCCUAAUGAAGCUUUUGCAGGAAAGCCUUUGCCCGAUCACGCAAAUGUGGCCAGCUGUGGCAGCCCCUUCCAGAUAGCGCCUGAGGGGACUUCAUGGAGGGACCUAGCUCCCUGUCCAAAGAUCCAUCUCCAAGACAACACAGUUCCUUACCAACAGUCCACCCUAAGCCUUCCCUUGCCAACUUGCAGCCCAGAAAACAGCCCUCUGAACAAUCUUGCAUCCCAAGCACUGGCCACCAACUCUUUAGUUUCAGAAAAAGUUUCUGUGCCCCCUACCAAAAGACACUGUCGUUCACUCUCAGUGCCCGAAGACCUUUCCCGCUGGCAAGCUGUCUGGAGGCCCCUGGGCUCCAAAGUGUGGACACAUAUCAAACGUCGGGAGACCAGUGGAGUGGACACUUUAGCAGUACAAUCCCAGAACCUGGUUCAGGAAGCCAACAGACUUUGCUUCAAUCCAGUCCCCAGUGCCUCUUAUCAGUGUGUUCAAGAUGGUGCUGUUGGUGGCAGGAGCCCACCAUUUUUCAGUCUGGCUCUGUCUCGAGAAUCGCCAGCAAGUGUACCAUGGGAGACAGGAGAGACUUUGCAGCCCUAUCCCCUGCAACGCCGUUUCUCUCUGUCACCGGUCAGAUUCUUGCCAUCCCCCCAGAGCUCUACCACUUCCACACCAGAGCUCCUUCGGCACCAGCACAGCCUCCCUCGCAGCCGCUCACAGCCUUGUGACUUGGACACCAGGAAAUGUGGUCUCAAGCGGCGCCAUGAAGAGGAUGUGAGGUGGCAUAGGCCCUCACUUGAUUUCUACAAGAUGAAUCAGAAACCAUUUGCAGGGGAAGUCUGUCAGUUAGACAAAUCUGAGGAAGGUGGCUAUCCAUCAUGGCUCUUGACUUGCAGCCCACAAUCACCCUCAGCUCCUUGCAGUCCCAUUAAUAAUUGUAUCCAGGUGCUCAGUGAAAGUGAAGAGGAGGAUGAAGAAGAAGAAGCAGCAGUACAAGCAGCAAGACAAAUAAAUUGGAAUUUAGCAAGCAAAAGGACACUCUUCCAACCAGAUUUUAGUGAUCUGGAUCUAACUUUGAUUGAAGAGAACUAGCAUUUUGGAUGUCUCCUUGAAAAACUGACUUUGGAGUCAGCCGCAAAGGGAGGCUGCACUCCUGGAUGAGGGUGGGGGAGCGGGGUGGGGGUAGAAGGGAAAGUGGCGGUAGGAUAACGGGGUUUUGUCUGCUUGUUUCUUUUGUAUUAAAAGAGAAAAUAAAAAGAAAUUACUAAAGGGAGUUGUAUGUCUCUAAGAUGGGAUGAUCAAGCCUGUCAAAUAUAAGGAGACAGGAAGAAAACCUUGUCAGCAAUUUGACAAAUUUGCUUUUCUUGGCAAGCUUUUUGGUCUGUCCCUGAUCACAACACUCAGAGACCUUUAUUUAAAAGAAAGAAAAUAUGAUAUAUACUUAAUAAAGUCCUACAUAUAAGCAUAACAAUACAAUUGAUUGAUUUUUUAAAAUUAAAAAUACAGUGAUACGGUAAUUUGAAAUCAUGUUACAAUCCUGUUGAGUAUUUUUACUGGAUGAAUCUUCAUCCACAUUACUUGUCACCUUAGAAUUUUAAUCCACAGCCUAAUAUAGGAAGAUACAGAAAAGCAGCAAAAUUAAACACAUCAUUGCAUAGACAUUUGUUUUUCUCCAGGAAGAAUUGCUCCAAAAGUAAGCAUUUUGCCCUUUGCUUUUGAAUUCAAGAAAUAUCAUCCUGUUGUCUGACUAUAACGCUUUAUUUUAUUCCAUUGAAAAGAAUUAACAUUUUCCUGUUUGCCAGACAUACAAAAAUGUACAUGAGAACAGUUUUUGAAUGAUGCUGUAUGUUAUCUCUCAAAACCUGUGGUUUCAUUAUUGAAAGAAAAGGAAUGAAGACAAAAAUGUAUUUUAAUACACUUUUGCAUGAAAUGUA